AUGGAAGAGAAUCAAGCCCAGUCCGCUGACAGGGCCUGCAAUACAUGCAGGCAACGCAGGGUCAAGUGUGACAAACGGUUGCCAGGAUGUCAACGAUGUGAGAAGCUGGGCCGGCCUUGCACCGGCUAUGAUACAGAACGCAAAUUCCUUGAUGAAGGAGUCAAGGUUCGGAGGAAAUAUGACGGCAACUAUCAGCCAAAUCUAGACCUAUCCAGACAUGUCGUGACCUCACCUCCACAACACCAUCCUACAUUCAACUCGCCGCCGAAGAGUCAACGCCCUAAUACCUUUUCAUUCCGAAGCAGCCUGGACCAGUCCAAUCCAAUCAUUCCGCAAAUCCUAUCACCGCCCAUCGAUUCUACACCACAGAAUCCUGUAAACAUACCAUCAACAGCACGCUCGUCACUCAGCAAUAUCCAAUCCACCGCAUAUGGACUACCUAACCAGCCGAGUCCUGAUUUCUAUUCAUUUCCCCCGACGCCGCCCAUACCACCUCCAGCGCCUCAGCCCCUUCAGCCUCCACAGCACCAGGUCAAUGUGCCUCAACCCAACAACCCUGCAAAUUUCCAACAACCGCACGAGUACGACAGCUUUCAACAUCCAACGGCCAAGCUGCUUCUAGGCAAGCCUCAUUAUGCCGAGUCAGACUUGGAUACUUCUAUCAGCGAGGACUAUUUCGAUCUCGACAUUGACACCUACUACGCCAAGGGAAACAAUGCUUGUGGAUUCAUCCCCGGACUCCCUGUGAUCCUCACUGACCAAACCGAACCUGAAACCGAUGAAGAUCUUCUGACGAAUGAUUAUGCCUCACUGAGUGGGAGAUCGUCGGUGUAUGAUGGCUCUGAAGGCAGAACUCGACCAGAAUAUAGUCAGAAAUAUCUCCACGAAAGAGCAACUGAGCUGGCAUGUCUGACCCGACAUUUUGUACAAGCCAUAUCUCCCUCGAUGGAUCUGUUCGACCUGGACACGUACUUUAGUCGCAUCGUUCCUUUGAAGGCUGUGCAAAACGUCAUGCUACGAUCGGCAAUGGCUGCAGUUGCUGCCAAUCAAAUCGGCCAGCUUCUAGCCAACCACACUCCUCGAGAGGGCCUACAACAUCUGCUACCGAUUAUGGGGGACGAUGGGAUCAUGCAGCAUACCGAUUGGUUUUAUAAGGCUGCGAACUACUACGAUCGGGGAAUAUCAUAUCUGCGGAUCUUCCUACAGCGCUGGCUGAGCGAUUCCUCAAGUGGAGUGACCGGACACGCCUCGAAAUACACCGCACCGAAACACCUUUCCGAGACCGGCGCUAAAAGCGCCGUCAAUGCCGCUUCUCCUCACAAGAGACGUCGGAUCAGCACACAAGAAGCGUCAGGCGCAGACAUGGAAGCCCUGGUGGCCGCCAUAUCAGUAUUUUCUCUGUACGAAUCAUUAGAUAACCCUACGGAGGACUGGUCACAGCAUCUUGAUGGCUUCAAAGCACUGUUAGAAACCAAGAUUAUUCCUCAAGCCAUGUCCACCCCACGACCGCGGGCGGAUCCAUUUAUAUCUAUGAAAGCAGGCCGUGCUGCGUUUUGGAAUUUUGCUCGGGCCGACUAUCUCGCAGCUUACAUCAACCGCACGCGCACGCGGCUUGACCCUGACAACUUGACAAUGUGGAAGGCUGCGGGAUUGCCCGUAGCGGAUGAUGGAACCCUGACUUAUAGCGAUCCGACCACACCUGGCAGUGCCAUUGUCUCGUACCGGCCUGCAGACCGCGAGGAUCUGGUGUCGUGCACAUUGAUCUGGAUCGUGCUUCGGACAAUGAACUUCAUCGCCCCUCAAGAGGAUGCGGGACCAAACACGACUAAUACGCCGCACAGUCACGACAGCCCGGCAACGAGGGGAUCAGAUGCAGGGAACACCAACCCCAUUCGAGCGCGUAUUGCCCAGUGGAAGCAAUUGCGCCGUCAGCUCGAGGACUGGUACGACAACUUACCGUUCACAUUUCAGCCUUAUGCGAUUAUGGGGGCACAAAAUCCCUACGACCAACCACCCGACCAUCCUCCUCGGUUCACUCGCAUAUUCUUUUCAGUGCCCAUGUGCGCCGCCGCCCUACAACUUUACCAUUUUGCGCAAAUUCUCUUGCUACUGAACCAGCCGAUGGAUGAAAGCGACACGCGCAACCUGGCCAACCGGAUCCGGAUGUUUCGCAAGGUUUCGGAAGAAUCUGAACACCAUAGCCGCCAGAUUUGUGGCAUUGCUUUGGGGAAGCCUCCGCCAGCUGUGGCGAGGCAGAUGGUCCACUCUUUAUACCUGGCCGGUUUGUGCUUCGAAGAGAAGGAUGAUCGCGUGGUGGUACUCGAGCUGCUCCAAAAUAUCGAAAGAGAGACAGGGGCGUCGACGGCUCAGCGUGUCAGAGAACUGCGUGAACAGUGGGGUUGGGACGAUGAGGUCCAGGAGGUGCAGUAA